CGAUGGAGUGGAAAAGCGUGAAGAUUCCCCCGGCAUCCAUCGGGCCCAAAGCCUGGCGGGACAGGGCCAUCAAAGCGGUGGGGCUGGCUGAGGCCGCCAUCGAGAUCACGGCCCACCGCUACCAGGACACCCCGUUCCGCUCGGCCACCCUGUUCGAGAACCAGGCCCGACGCCUGGCCAGGAGGAAGGGCUGCAAGUACCUGCCUGGGGCGCUGUCGGAGAACCCCGAGUCACUGGAGAAGUUCAAGUCCCGCCAGCAGAGGAUGCAGCAGGAGAGGGAGGCCCUGGAGGAGGCCAAGAAGAAUGUGUGCAGCGUGACGGCCUCCACCGAAGACCCGAGCAGCGACAUCCUCUACAAGGUGCCCGAGGGCAAGGACACGGGCUGGGGCUUCAAGCUGGAGAUGGAGCUGCUGCCCUUCCUGCGGGACCUGUGCGCCAUGCAGAGCAAUGAGCAGAUCGGCAGCUACAUGCUGCAGACCCGCUCGGUCAUCGGCCACCUCCUGGACCAGAUCAACCGCGUCAACAGCGAGAUCUUCCGGCUGAAGGAGACCCGGGACAAGCUGCGGCUGGCCCUGGCGGACAUCCGCAAGGGCCUGGUCCUCAACCGCAUGACCAACGAGAUGCGCAAGAUGCGGCCGGCCUUGGAACGGGAGCCCGAUGGAGCUGAUUUACUGAUUGGCCUGGAGAAGAAACAUCUGUCCGAGAUUAAACCGAACUUGGAGGAGCCUCUGCACACGAUCAAGGACAUGCUUCAGAAACUGGAUGCUGCUCGGAUAAAGUUGCAAGAAUGCUACAAAGAGCGGAUGCUGGUCAUUGAUCUGGUCCCUCAGUUACUGAGCCAGACCACCAAAGAAGCCAGAACAGAUUGUCUGACUCCGAGAAUAACCAAAGCACUAUCAGAAGUCAGGGACGUUAACUUGAUGCCCUCACCAACACCAGUUGGCCCAUACACCUACGCUUGCGAUAAUGCGAUGAAUAAUGCAAAAAGUGUCAUUGUCCAGUCCAGGAAUGUACGGGAGAAGAGCGACAAGUUAAUAGAGGACUCAGUUGUGGUCAUCAAAGGGGCACAGAAAUCAGUCAACGAUGGGCUUACUCAGAAGAUGGCAGAGAGUGUGGCCAUGACGCAACACAUGGAGGUCAGCUCUGGGGAAACACGAGCUGCCCUUAAUCGCACGCAGCGCUGGUAUGAUGACAUGGAAUUGGCGAGUGGUGUCGUUCUGGUGACCUCAAUUGACGGGAUGAUGCCAACAGCGCAGGUUCUUUUCCUGUGCUGGCUAAUGCCACCGCCAUGA